AUGACGGCAGCCGAGGCCGAUGGCGAAAGGGUCAAGCGACAGGGCACCACGCCAGCCACCACCGAGACCGACACCAGUUCCAAUACGGAGAAGAAACCGGAGGACUUUGCCUUCGAGCUUACCUGGGCCCGAAAAAGCGCCCACAUCGGGCCCUCCACGGCUCCCGUCUUUUACCCAGUGUCCCAGAACGGAUACCGAUGCGACGGCUACCCCGGUGAGAACAACAACACCGCCAAUGGGGAAGCCGGUACCCCGGGUUCCUGGACCCCGAAUGACAAGGACCCGUUUGAGGUGGUAUUUGACGGUGGCGAUGCCGACCCCAUGUCUCCCCGGAGUAUGAAGACGGCACGCAAAUGGUUGAUCCUGAGCGUUCUUUCGGGGGCGGGCCUGUGCUUCACAACUGCUAGCUCCAUCUACAGCUCCACGUACGCUCAGAUGGAUGCAGAGUUUAACUGUUCUCGUAUCGUUUCGACGCUCGGAAUCUCCACAUACGUGCUGGGCAUCGGUUUCGGCCCCAUGUUCCUUGGUCCCCUGAGCGAGUUCUUUGGCCGUCGCCUGAUAUACCUCAUCGCUUGGACCCUGUACAUUCUUUGGAUCAUUCCCCAGGCCGUCGCCCACAACAUCGCCACCAUGGUCGUCGCCCGCCUCUUCGACGGGCUGGCAGGCAGCGCCUUCCUCGCCGUCUCCGGCGGCACCGUCAGCGACCUCUUCAACCGCGAUGAACUACAGGCCCCCAUGCUGUUCCACUCCUUGGUCCAGUUUCUCGGGCCCGCCCUAGGCACGGUCUUGGGUGGCUUCAUCAACUCUCACGCCGACUGGCGGUGGACGUACUACGUCCUACUCAUCUGGGCGGUUAUCCAGCUCGUUCUGGUCGUCUUCCUGGUGCCAGAGACAUAUCACCCCGUCAUUCUCCGUGACAUGGCUAGGGCGAGGAGAAAGAACACUGGUGACGACCGUUGGAAAGCCCCUAUGGAAAAGGCCAACAAGUCCAUUGCCAGGACUAUCAGCCUCUCUCUCCUUCGGCCCUUCCAGCUGCUCAUCUUUGAGUUCAUGGUCCUCAACCUGUGCGUCUUCUCCGCCAUCCUCCUCGGCAUUCUCUACCUCUUCUUCGGCGCCUUCCCCCUCGUCUUCCGCAACGCCCACGACUUCAACCUGUGGCAGGUCGGCCUCAGCUUCCUGGGUAUCCUAGUUGGCACGCUUAUGGCUGGGGCUGCGGACCCGAUGUUUCACGGCAUUCGCCGCUGCCUUGUCGCUCGCCUCGAGAAAAAGACGGGUAUUCAGGGGUCCAGCGAGCCCGAAUUUCGGCUCCCACCCGCCAUCUGCGGCUCAUUCCUUGUUACCAUUGGGUUAUUCACUUUCGGAUGGACAACUUUCCCUCAUGUUCACUGGAUCGUGCCCAUCAUCGGGUCAAGCAUAUUUGGUGCAGGCUCGCCACAACUUAGUGCUGUCUCGGUUAUCAGCACCGAUGGGAAAUCUGCUGGUUUUUACCAGUAUCUUUACCUUCCUAUUGUGCUGUGCGGACGGUGUGGGGGCGGACGAAGGGUUGGGGCUGACGACGAGGCACAGGUCGACGCGUAUCCCCUCUAUGCGGCGAGCGCACUUGCGGCCAAUGCCUUUGUGCGCUGUCUGUUCGCAGCCACAUUCCCCUUGUUCGGGAACCAGAUGUACGACAAGCUCGGAUAUCAGUGGGCCUCAUCUCUCCUUGGCUUCCUGACGCUUGCCAUGCUGCCGUUCCCAUAUUUGUUCUUUAGGUACGGCAAGAGGAUCAGGGGCAACAGCAGAUUUGCCACGGAUUGA